AUGACCGAUCACAUCGACUUGUGUCAGUCAUCGCCUCUCAUUGAGGGUCAGCCCGGUGUCAGGUUUUCAAGGCACCACCACCAACAGCAGCAGCACCAGCAGCAGCAGCAGCACCACCACCACCAGCACCAGCAGCAGGAGAACCUGGUGUCCGCGGAGAGGCUAUCCCGGAGCCUGGCGGACCUGAGCCACCUGAAAGGGAUCCUGAGGCGGCGGCAGCUUUACUGCAGGACCGGCUUCCACCUGGAAAUCCAUCCGGACGGGACGGUGGAGGGCACCAGGAAAGACCACAGCAGAUUCGGUAUUCUGGAGUUCAUCAGUCUUGCAGUUGGUCUGGUCAGCAUCAGAGGGGUGGACAGCGGCCUUUACCUCGCCAUGAACAGCAAGGGGGAGCUGUAUGGAUCGGAAAAGCUGUCAGCGGAGUGCGUUUUCAAGGAGCAGUUUGAGGAAAACUGGUACAACACUUACUCCUCAAACAUCUACCGGCACGGGGAGAAAGGGGCCUUCUACUUCGUUGGGCUGAACAAAGAUGGAACAUCGCGAGACGGAACGAGGUCGCGACGGCAUCAGAGGUUCACGCACUUCCUACCAAGGCCCGUCGAUCCGGAGAGAGUCCCAGACCUGUACAGAGAC